AUGAUCCUCGAAGAAGUUGAGCCGCCGCCGCAGAAAAAAACCAAGCUUCUACCACCACCGCCGCCGCUUAGUCAUCAACAAUGUCUCUCCUUUUCUUCACUUCCAAACGACAUCACUUUGAAUUGCUUCGCACGCAUCCCAAAAUCUUACUACCCUAAAAUCUCCCUCGUCUCCAAGACCUUUCGUUCUCUCAUCUCUUCCUCGGAGCUCUAUGCCGCACGUUCUCAAAUGGGAACCACCGUGACCUGCCUCUACAUCUGUCUACGGUACUCCACCGACCACUUCACACUUCCAUCUCCACGAUGGUUCUGUCUCUAUGUGAAACCAAAACGAAACCUAACCGAUGGUAGAACCAAAGAGAAAUCAAGUGGAAACCUUUUGGUUCCUAUUCCCAAAAAAUAUCCUCUUCCUCCUCCACCACAUGCAUCUUCCACCGUAAUGAUUGGCACGAAAAUCUACUUAUUCGGUGGACCAUUGGACGAUAACGUAAGAGACUACUCCUCAGCGGUUAGGGUUUAUGAGUGUAUGAGUAAGACGUGGCGUAAUCUUCCUAACAUGAAUAUGGAGAGAUGUUAUGCGUCUGCAUGUGUCCUUGACGACAAGAUUUAUGUCUUGGGAGGAAGUAAUGCUUCGUUCGAGCACGAAAGCUGGUUCGAGAUGUUCGACAUCAAGACACAGACGUGGAAAACCCUACCGGCGAAUCCUGACCGUAGAGUAUGGUUGGGAAGUAAGAAGGUUUGCAAAAACUGGUCGAGUACGUGA